AGUAUAAAUACUAAAUUAUUCUCAAAUUUUAUGGAAUUUAGAAUCAAAAAAAAAAAAUAAAGUAUUCUUUACUCAGGGGAAAUACUAAUUUACUAAUUAAGCAAUCAAUUUUAUGAUUGUUCUAAACGUAAUGACACGUAAUCGAAAAUACGUAUAGUUACCAAGUUUGAAGGAAUGACAACAGUGAUAGUAUAUAGUAGAUUAUCUAUAUAUAUACAAUCUGUCCUUACGAAGACAUAGUAAAAGUGAUUUGUUUAUUUGACGCUAAACAGUUAAAUAAUUAAUUAAAUAAAAUGCCUGGUAACGUUGAACAUCGAACAGUAACGCCUCUUUUAAAGGCAUUUCGAGAUAUUAUACGAGGUAAACCAGUUGUGGAAGCAUUAAGAUUCAAGGAUCAACUUUCUGCACGUACCCAACCACCACCAUCGAUACCUGGUGGACCGAACCAUAAACUUACCAAAGUUUAUUACUAUACACGCGAUGCUAGGCGUCUUGUUCAACCACCCGUCGAGAUAUACGCGCAAGGUCGAUUAGAAUCAGGGGAAAGCGCAUCUACCAAAUCUGCAAUUCCAACACCAGCUAAAGUUUAUAUACCUGACAAAUAGCAAAUGUGAUCAAAUUCACUGAACAUUAGUUAUACUAUAGUAAUUGCAUGUAAUAAAUUAAGUAUCGAUUGAGAAUUAUUAUAGAGAAAAAUACUGAUGUAAGUUUACGAAUAAAGAUUUUUUUUUUAAAGUAA